CUGAUUGACCCUGCUUACUCCUGAGAUACACACGUAGCCAAACACUAAUUUGUGAUCGCCGCCGCCUCAAUGGAACAGAUGGCGGAAGAACGCAAGGGUGAAGUGGAGGAUACGAUUGGUAUUUACGUAGGCAAGCGCAACGCAGCCGGCGAGAGAUGCGGCGAGGGCUGGGCGGUGCUUCCCAACGGGGACUUCUACCGAGGCUGCUACGCACACGGCAUGCGCAAUGGCCGCGGACUCUACGUCUUCACCAGGAACGGAGCCCGUUACGACGGCGAGUGGCGGCGCGCGCUCAAGUACGGCGUCGGGACCAUGAUCUACCCUGACGGCUCGAAGUACGAGGGCGACUGGAAACACGACGUUAAACAAGGCUUCGGAGCCUACUACUACCCUAACGGAGACAUCUACGAAGGCGCCUGGUUCAAGAACAAACGACACGGCCUAGGAACGUACUUCUACGCCGAGACUAAGACAAAAUUCAUGGGCACUUGGGUGGAAGGGGUGAUUCAGGGGCCCGGACAGAUCAUGUAUCCUCGGUCACGUUUCCACGGGUCCUGGACUAAGGGCAUACCGAAAGGGCCCGGCUGCUUCGUCUUCGAUUCGAAUUGUAUGCAACACGGCUUCUAUAUGCUGGUGAAGGACCCGGCCCUUGAAGGGUCCGGUGGAGAAGAGGAGGAGAGAGAAGACAGGGAUUACCAGACGAUGGCGGGGGAGGGCGACGACGAGGAGGACGAAACUCUGGGAAAAGUAGCAGUGUGGCGCGUCCGCAAUAUCACGGCCUACAUGGCGGAGCUACUUCCGCCAGACGCAGUGCCACUUCCGGUGUACGACUCCAUCCCUUCAAUGACGGAUGUCAGCGUCGACACCUGCGCCAUGCCCUUCGAACCACCGUCCGUGGUCGGAGAGGAAGAGGCCUCCAUAGAUGGAGAUUCCUGGCUGAUACACCGCCAACAGUUCUUGGAAGAAGCGGAAAUUGGUGACCACCGGGAUCCCAGCAAAGUGGAUACUGGAAGAUUAUCCACCAAGUCAGAAAAGGGGAGAGAAUCUUCAAAGAUGACUCCUCUGAAAGGAAAAGAACCAUCCAAGAUUGGAACUCCAAAAGGGAGAGAAUCUUCUAAGGUUGAGGCUAAAAAGGAGAAAGUGCCCCCAAAGGCAAAGAUUGGGAAAAAGUAGAUUUUAAUUAUUGAUAAUGAAUACUUAGAGCUAUUAUUAAUAAACUUGUUAUUGUGUUUA